AUGCCGAACUCACCAACCCCUGGCCUUUUGGAUGCCACCGCUUCUGCGUUUUCUCCUGGUCAAAGUACGCAUCCCAGUCCUGCCCCUAGCGAGCGCUUCUCCUCUCCUUCAACGCCCCUCUCAGCUGUGGACUUCCAGUCCCAAUCCCAAUUCCAGCCACAGCAGUACUUUGGCCCACAAAAGCACCCCGGGUAUCAGCCGUUUCCUAUCUUCAACGGCUACACACAAGCCUACGAAUACCACGCUACUCCACCUCCUUACUCGACACAGACCCAAGGUGCUGCUUCUUGGCACCCUCAGCAGGAUAAUCAUGUCAGCUACACUGUCAACCCGAAUGAACCUUUUGCAGAUCAGUUUAUAGAGCUUCAAGGUGUGCGAAAUGGUUACGUCCCAGGCCAGAACACAUGGUACCACUAUGGCAAUGGGAAUUACAUCAACAACUACAACAACGACGUUCCCAAGAAAAGUACAAAGAAGAACAAGCGCAAGAAGAACAGUAGGUUCAACAAGGUACGAGACCGCGCUGUGGAGCAGAUGGGGGAGUCUGCCACUCAGGCCGAGCCCAAGCCCAAAAACGAAACCAAGAAACAAAAGGCAGAGCAGCAGAAUGAGCCCAAGAACAAGACCAAGAUCAAGGCUGAUGUCGAAUCUGAGGCCAAGGUCACGAGCAUUAUCGGUGGAUAA